AUCGCAUCGCUGAUGUAGCGAAUGUUGGCGGUUGUGUAUAAAAUAUUGGAAAUGUUCAUCAACCUUGCAGCGAGAUUAAAUUUAAUAAUGCGGAAUGUGCUGCUGAUAUGACAGUUAUAAUGGAGGUCUGAAUAGAGCAUCGUGAGAUGGAUCAAACCCGAAAACGAAGAUUAAAUAACAGGAAAACGGGGCUUUCUCUCUGUAAAGUGGCGAGGGUUGAAGAGCCGGGGGAAGUUCCUGGGAGCAGAGAUGUUGCAGAUACUACAGGAUCAAGCAGACAUUUCAAUACCAUCAGAUCCUCCAGCCCACAAUCUGACAGUGCCAGUAAGACAUGUCCAAAACUUUGUCAAGAACAACAUGCAUGUACCCAGAAGCCUGAAGAUGAUGCUGUGAAGACCUUGAGCAUGACGUUUGAUAAGGAACAGUGUGGAACCCGUGCGCUGGGCCGAAAGAAAGGUUUGAGAAGGAAAAGAGACACCGUCGUUGAAGUAGAAACUCAGCAGAAGGAAGUCGAGGAUGAAAUCCAGCCGGAGGUCGAGAUUGAUCAAGAGCUGGACAGAGAACUGGAAAACAAAUCUCGGCAACAUAACUUGACCUCUGCGAACGUUCGUAACAUCAUUCAUGAAGUGAUUACCAACGAGCAUGUUGUGGCCAUGAUGAAAGCAGCUAUCAGUGAAACUGAACCCAUUCCUGUGUUUGAGCCCAAGAUGACUCGUUCUAAACUGAAGGAGGUUGUGGAGAAAGGAGUUGUCAUUCCUGCUUGGAACAUUUCACCAAUUAAGAAGUCAUCGGAGGUAAAGAAGGGUCCCCAGUUUGUGGAUAUUCCUUUAGAAGAUGAAGACUCCUCUGAUGAAGAGUAUCGGCCUGAUGAAGAGGACGAAGAUGAGACGGCUGAGGAGACCCUUCUGGAAAGUGACUUUGAGAAUUCAUCUUCUCCACGGGGCAGUCGAGUGAACCUGAACAGAUCGCAUUCUGAACAUGAGGAGGACGGAGCCAGCAGCUCCAGACUGAGCCUUCGUAGAUCCAGGCACCUGACAGUAGCUGUCACCCCAAUGGGACCUCCCCCACCCCCACCAGCCCCCUCCAGGGCCCCACCAGAUUGCAGCUUCUUGGAGAAACUGCAUGCGGUAGAUGAGGAGCUGGCCAUCGGCCCUGACUGCAUUGAGUCUUUUCAGAGUCUCACUAGCACUAAUGGAGAGGAGAGCCUGAUUUCAUUUCGAACGCGAUCCAAACGACCACUUAGAGACGUCCCUAUGGGCCUGCUGGAGGCGGAGCUUCGUGCUCCUGACAUCACUCCAGACAUGUAUGAAUUUGGCUCCGCCCCUGAGGAUAGAGAAUGGACCCAUUGGUUGCAGGGUCUCAUGACUUCAGAUAUGGAGAAUGAAGAGGAGGGUGAUGAUGAAGAUGACCCUGAGUACAAUUUUCUGGCUGAAAUUGAUGAGCCUGAUGUGGAGGACUAUAGGAAUGACAAAGCAGUGCGCAUCACCAAAAAGGAAGUGAAUGACUUGAUGGAGGAGCUAUUUGAAACAUUUCAAGAUGACGUAGGGGGUCAGGAAGAAGACGCACAUGAAGAAGAAGAGGAAAAAGAGGAAGAGGAGAGUCCUCUGCAAGAGCCGCCUGGCAUUAUGGAGAAUAUUCAGUAUGAGGACCCGUUAGCAGAUGUGUUGAAGCAGCGCUAUCGUACAGUACGGGAGCAGCUGGCGGCUGUGAGGAAACGGAAGGCUCUGCUGAAGAGUAAAGGAGUAUCUGGACCUCCAGUCUGCCCUCAACACACUUCCAUCCCCAUAACAUCCAUGACCCUGAACACAGCUCAGAAACUACAGCUACAGCAGCAGAUCCAGCAGCAUGUGCAGCUCCUCACGCAGUUGAACAUGUUGAGCAGCUCAGUCAAGGGUCUGGAGACAGAAGCUUCAACAAGCAGACAGUUCCUGUUGGAGCUGCAGAUGUUUGCCCUGCGCGGAGAGCAGACUUGCGGUCCAGCAGAGCACGGCUUCACCAGCAUCUUUAAAUCCUGCAACCUUCAGGGUGCUAUUUCUCUGCUGGAGGAACUAGAUCAAUCACCCAAGGGUGACCCUACAGCCCCGAGGCCAUGUUUUCCUGGAUGUCAGAUUCCUGCUCCUUUGGCCUGGUUGAUGGCGACUCGGCCAGUGUUUCUCUACCCAGAACUGCUUCCUUCAAUCCAGCUACGACCUUCUAGAUUCAAAGCACAGUUUACUUCAGCAGAAGAUUGUCUUGUUGUUCUAGGUCAUAAGCACUUAAGAACUACCCUACACCCACUGCAGAUGACCUGUCGCUAUCUGCUUGCUGCUAGAACCGUUGUCAGUUUGAAAUCACACAUCCGUGAUGCAUGUCAUAAGCCCUUUCCCAAUGUCAUCAAGACAUACUUUUUGGCGGGGAAAUGCCCCUCCAUGCCCUUGGCCUGUAAGAGGGUGAGUCCUUGUGACCAGCGCCCCCCAGUGGAGAGAGAAAAGAGCCUCAUGCCUGAUUGGCUCUCGAAAAACCUUAAGUGCAUUUAUGAGCAUGUAAGAACAUUUAACCAACCAUCUGGAAACUCUCAAACUACCGAAUCUCCCGGUCCAGGACCAGACUAUAGUUUUACUUCAGGCAUGUGUUACCCUCCCAGCCUUCCUGAAGACCUUGCUAAGGCACUUGUGCAUGGUCCAUGCAAAAAGAAGAAAAACAAGACUGCUAAAUCCAUCAAGCCUUUAAAACCUCCCCUGUUAGCUGAGAAACUAGAGUUGGUUCUCAACCAGUUUCCAACACUUUUACCAAAAGCUGUUACGGUUUCAGAGGAUGUUGCACCGAAUCUAUGCUCGUCUGGAAAUAAAACUAUGAAGGGGCCUGUAGAGAGAGCGAUCAUACUAUCUAGCCUGUCAAACGUGUCUCCAGUGGGACGAAACCAAGGUGGUGCAGUUGUCUCUUUACAGACUCAUCCAGACGCACCUGUACUGAGGGCUGUUCCUGUGAAAAAUGCUGUAGAAACUCCUACGGGUGUCUCUGGUUCUCCAAAGAGAGCUCAAGUUGAUGCAACCCAGGGAGGCGUAAUCAUCACUUUACCUGCUGCUAUGACACCAGAGAUGAAUUUCUGUCCUUCAGGGCAUGUAACUGUGAACCAAACUGCACAAAUAGUCACCUCUAACAUUGAACCAGCCACUCCUAGAGGGUCAAACCUCAUCAUUACUCUUCAACCGCCUCCAGUUCCCAACACCAUAAUAUGUCCCACCCCAAUCAUAAAGACGAACGCCCCAUUGUCUAAAGAUCAUGUCAGUCAGCGCUGUGGCACACUACUUAAACUUAUACCGAGGGACUCUGGUGGUCUACCUCAAGAAUAUCAAAAACCUCUUAAUCGGUUUCUUCUCCUCCCUCCAGGCUAUGUGUUUGCAAGCAGUAGCUUCGGCCAUCAAACCUUAAAACACUCAUCAGCUCUGAAUAGCACUAAGAUAAAACACAGUGCGCAAAAGAGAACUCCAGAUCAUUUCCACAGCGUUGAUCGGCCACAAGGAGGACCAUUACAGAUGUCCUCCGUUCAAGAUUGCUUACAAGAAACUGCAUUCGCAGAAGAAGAGCUGAAUGUUGAGGAUGGAGUUGAGAAUGAGGUAGAAGAGUAUGGUGAGAAGGACUCCAGAGAGCUGUUUCUCACACUUUCUGAAUCCUCUGGGAGCCCGACGCCCAGCAUCGAUGGGGAAGAUGCCGACAUGGAGAUGGUUUUGGGCAGGGGAGAGAAACUAGAGGAGCUGAAAGCAAAAGAAAGGCAAGGUACCAGUAGGCAGACUGGGGAGGAGGAAACAGGUGGAGCUGACAAUGUUUCAGAACUUCAGGAAACCAUGGAGAAAUUAUCACACAUGGCCACAAAGACAAGAUCUGAAAAUGAAGGAAUACCAGAUGAUGUUAAAUGUAACCAUCAACCUUCAGGUGCCCAUCGUACCCACACCAAGGAGAUGGCUGAGGAGACCCCUUUUGUCUUUCACAAUGGUGCACCUGAUGACGAUCCCUACAGAGACGCUAAAGAUGUUGCCUUUGCCCAAGCUUACCUGGAGAAGGUGUUUGAGGUGCUGCAGAUGGUGCCAGGGAAGGUGGACGAGUUCCUGUGUGUUCUGUCUGAGUUUGAGAAAGAUCCAGAAAGUCGCACAUCACUCGAGCUGCUGACGAGACUCAAGCCUGUGCUGAGCGACUGGCCUGAACUGCUUCAAGAUUUUGCAGCUUUCCUGCAUCCGGAUCAAGCCAGAGAGUGCGGCAUGCUGGCAGAACAGCAGGCGUUUGAGCGCAGCAGACGGUUUCUACGCCAGCUGGAGUGUACUUUUGGAGAGCAGUCAGCUCUCUACAGAAAGAUGGUGCAUAUUUUACAAAGGGGUCCAUCACAGGAUCUUGCUGACUUUGAAGAGAUAAAAACUCAAAUAACAUCGCUGUUCCGUGAUCACACUGACUUGCUAGAGAAAUUCUGGGAAUUUUUUAAACAGCUAUACCCCCAAGUGCAAGACGAGGAUCGUGCAGACAAUGUGGAAAUUAAUCAGGGCUUGGAAGAAAGCCAGUCCUAUCAGCCAAUCAAAAUUGUCAUACCAGAUAAUAAAGUGGAAACCGCUAUUAAACAUAGAAGAAAAAAAGACAGACAUGCUCAGAAGGCAGAAAUAAAAAAGAACAAGGUCAAGAAAAACAGAGUUGGAACAGAGUUGGAAAAGAAGGCAGCUGAAGCUUCUUCAGUGGACGGUCAACAGUCUUUAUCUAAUGCCACAGGAAGCUCAGUCUGUGCCAAAAAUAUCUCCCGCACACCAAAUGGAAAAAAAGUAGUCCUCUGGACGAGGGAGGCAGACCAUGUAAUACUGACCACCUGUCAGCGGAGAGGAGCCAAGCCAGCCACGUUUAAUGCCAUCGCAGCCCAACUUGGCAACAAAACAGCCAAUGAGGUUUUUGAGCGCUUUCAAGACCUCAUUAAGUUGUUCCGCAAAUCCAGCAACUGGAGAAUUCCUAGCCAAUCAUCUCCUACUUCAGUGACACAUUGUGUUUUCAUCCCGCCCCUCGCACGGGCAAAGGCAUAUCGGUGGAAAUCGCCCGGCAAGAGCGGUUUUUUUAGUUCAGUUUUGGUUUCUGAAUUUGGAGAAGUAUUCUCUAUUCGUUCCCUGAUGGAUAAUUGUCUAUUACUCGGGGUUUUAUGUGUGUUGGUUGUUUGUAUGUUGAGCUCGUCAGCGCGUGGACGCGGUGAUGUGCUUGAGCUCACAGACGCGGACUUCGAUUACCUCGCGUCCGAGCAGGAGACAAUGCUGGUGAAGUUUUAUGCUCCAUGGUGUGGCCACUGUAAGAAACUCGCCCCAGACUUUGAAAGUGCAGCUACUCGACUGAAGGGAACAGUAACUUUAGCCAAGGUGGACUGUACUUCUAAUACAGAGACCUGUAAGCACUAUGGGGUUACCGGAUACCCAACACUCAAAAUAUUUCGGAAUGGACAGGAAUCAUCAUCGUAUGAUGGUCCACGCUCAGCUGAUGGAAUUGUGAACUAUAUGAAAAAACAGGCCGGACCUGAUUCUGUGCCUCUGCAAAGUGAGCAUGACCUGGAGAACUUUAUAAACAACUUUGAUGCCAGUGUAGUUGGGUUCUUCUCAGGGACUGGCAGCUCUCAACUCGCAGAGUUUCUUAAAGGAGCCAAUUUAAUGAGGGACAGUUUCCGCUUUGCCCACACGACAGACCUCCAACUUGGAAACAAAUUUGGCGUCACAUACGAGUCUGUGCUUCUAUUCCGCCCCCCCAGACUGAGCAGUAAGUUUGAGGAGAGUGUGGUGCACCACAGAGGCUCAAUGUCCGUCACAGGUCUGCGGCGCUUCAUCAGAGACAACAUUUUUGGCAUUUGUCCUCACCUGACCAAAGAGAAUAAGGAUUCGUUUAAAAAGAGGGAUUUGUUGACUGCCUACUAUGACUUGGAUUAUCUUCGCAAUGCCAAAGGCUCCAACUAUUGGAGAAACAGAGUGCUAAAGGUGGCGUCUAAGUUCAGUUCUCAGGGCUUGUUGUUUUCUGUGGCGAACCGUAAUGACUUUAUGGAGGAGCUUGAAGGUGAGUUUGGUCUGGGUCCGUCAGAUGGAGCUGAGCUGCCGUUUGUCACCAUCAAGACACGAACAGGAAACAAAUACACCAUGCGGGAGGAGUUUACACGAGAUGGCAAGUCUUUAGAGAGUUUUCUGGAAGAUUAUUUUGCUGGGCGACUAAAGCGCUAUGUCAAAUCAGAGCCUGUGCCUGCCAAAAACAACAGUCCGGUCAAGGUGGUUGUGGCGGAUACGUUUGAAGAGAUUGUGAAUGACCAAGAGAAAGACGUGCUUAUUGAGUUUUAUGCUCCAUGGUGUGGCCAUUGUAAAAAACUGGAGCCAAAAUAUACAGAGCUUGGAGAACAGCUGUACAGUGAUCCCAAUAUUGUAAUUGCCAAGAUGGAUGCAACUGCCAAUGAUGUCCCACAGGGCUAUGAUGUGCAAGGAUUUCCUGCAAUAUAUUUUGCCGCUGCUGGACGGAAGAAUGAGCCAAAACGAUACGAGGGACCCCGUGAAGUAAAGGAUUUCAUCAGCUUCCUGAAGCGCGAGGCGUCCAAUCCUCUUGUUCUAAACGGAGUCAAGGAAGAGCUGUAA